UAUUCAAGGCUGGCAAGAGGAUUCGUUAUUGCCAGUUGUGUGUAUCGUGCCAGUCAAGUGUUGGUCGGAGUCUGGACAUGCAUUUCUGGAUUGACAAACGGUCGCAACAAACCGGUUACGGUCGUUCGCGUGUUGCUGCCUCAUUGUCGCAUGCGGGUGGCGGUCUCAGCUACGGGCAUCCGCCGCGUCGCAGCAAAUCCAGCAGCAACAAUGGCAGCAGCAACAUGGCCGCCAGCAGCAGCAGCAGUGGCAGUGGCAGCCACAAUCAAAAUCUGGCUUCAGUGCAUCGAGCACCGUUUGGUGUGCCGUUUGGUGGUGACUUUCAGACUGGUGCGAGCAGCAGUCGCCAGGCAUCCCAUUAUACCAGCAGCAGCAGCAGCAGCAAUAAUAAUGCACAUGCCAGUAACCAGCAAUUGUUGCACCACAGCAGCAACAACAAUAACAGCAGCGGCAGCUGCAGCAAUGCUGCCAUGACAACUGCAACUGCCAGCAAUAACAACAAUGCCAAUGCCAAUGCAACUGCUUCAUCGGCAGCCGUGUUAACAGGCAGUGGAACAAUUGUUCCGCUUGUCGCACGUGGCUCGCAUUAUCAUCAGCACAGCACGCGAUAUCAGCCAAGGCCACAGCAACAACAUCAGCAGCAUCAACAACACCAACAAUUGCAGCAGCAUCAGUUGCAGCAACAGCAGCAACACUAUCACUACAACUACCAUCAUCCUCAAUUUGGCAAUAUGGCUGUGCCCGUGCGGCAAUAUGAGUCACAGCAACAACAACAACAGCAGCAGCAACAUCUACAGCAACAUCAGCAACAUUCGGGAGUUUAUGCUGACGAUGCCUACAGCGCUUAUCAUCAUCAUCACAGCAGCAGCAACAGUGGCAACAACUGCAGCAACACCAACAAUAGCCGCUAUGCCACACCACGUCGACACAACUCUAACAACAAUAUGCGACACACAACAGCAACAGCUACAUCAACGACUGCAGCCACGCCCAUACCGCCCACACAGACACAGACAACAGCAACGGGACCCAGCAACCAGCUGCAGCAGCAACAUCACGCAUUGUUGCAACACGCCGAUUCGCAGCUACUGCCAAGUCAUCUGAAAUGUGGUAUGUGCGCCUCGCUCGUGUUGGCCUCGGUGUUUGUGGCAGGCGCCAAGUUCUACUUUGACCAUCAGGGCACCGGGUUGGAGGUGCUCAUUUUUUGCGCCUUUUCGGCCACAUUUUUUUUGGCUGCCUGCAUGGUGUCGCUAUGCCGCAUUCCCAAGGGAUUCUUGCCGAAUGGACGCGGCAAUGGACGUGCCGUUUGUCACAGCCGUGGCGUGAAUACAAGUGGCAAUGGUGCCGGUUGCCUGUUGGAGUUGAAUGAUGUGCGUUACUUGGAUGAGCGACAGGUGGAGAUUAGUGCUGCAACGGCUGCAGCAGCUGCUGCUGGUCCGCCGCCGUAUCAUAUAGCAAUAUUGCUGCCGGAACAAACACCGACGGCGAUGGGCAACAAACAACUGCCACUGGAUGAGUCGCCGCCGCCGUCCUAUGAUAAGAUACUUGUGUAGGUUAGACUAGGGGUAGCGCUUUAUGGUUUUAUUUAGGAAUUGAGCGUCAAUUUCAGUUUAGAGCCAGCUAUCAACCCAAUCCAAUGAAUCCAAAAAUUCUUGCUCAAUAUUUUUCUAAUGAUAUCAAAAUUUAUAUAAACAUAUACACGGCAAAAAUGACAUUUGCAUAUAGAUGAUAUAUAAAGAUAUACAUACAUAUAUACACAUACAUAUACAUAUAAUUAAAAAAAUAAAUAUAAAGUAUAUUUUUAAGCUCCUAUUAAUAUUUUUACACUUUGAACUUUCUAAUCCAAAACACACACAAUCCCAAAAUCCAAACUUUCUACUAAACUAUGUAUCAUUUUUGUUCUGUGAUAUGCACAAAAGAAAAUCAUUCGUAAUAAACCAUUAGAGACAAAGCAAAGCAACAAAAAAAUCGAAGUAAACAAACCACAAAAAAUAGAAAAUAGAGGACAUAUACUCGAUAUACUAUAUGAAUAUGUGAAAAAUAAAAUUAAUACACAUCAAUCAGCCAAAACAGUAUUAGUAGUCAAGUAGACACUUAAGUAACAAUUACUCAUAUGCAACAUUAAAUAAUUAAUGUAAAGGUGCAAUAUAAUGCAAAUAAAUAAAUUAUGAAUUAAUUUGAAAACUAAA